UGGCUUGCCUGCGCAUGCUCAGUGAGGGACGGUGAGGGAUUCUUGCGGAUUGGAGAAGGGCAGAGCGCUCAUACAGUAGGAAGUGUAUUACGUAUGCGCAGAUGUAUGUCUGUGGUACUGUCUUGGGGGGCGCAUGCGCAAAACGGCCGAUGCGGAUGUUGUGGGGCCCGUGCUGACCCUCCCUUGCCUGUUCCAGUCAAGAGGAAUUUUGGUUUCCAUUUCCUUAUGAGUGCUUCAAGUUUGUUUCAUUCCUCAAUCUUACUAACCAAAAUAAAUACAUUGUCUUGGAGGCCAUGGCUUUGGAGGCAGCAAAAGUUUUUAUCCCCCCGACUGGCUGUACCUUUAUUGCCGGUUGCAGGAAAGAAGAAUUCUUGUGAUCUUCUUGCACUAAGUGAAACAGACUUAGAAGAACAGUUUGUAAGAGGUGAUGGCCCAGGAGGCCAAGCAACGAAUAAGACAAGCAACUGUGUGGUCCUGAAGCAUAUUCCAUCUGGGAUUGUAGUCAAGUGUCAUCAAACUAGAUCAGUGGAGCUGAACCGACAGAGAGCCAGAGAAAUCCUGCAGCAAAAAGUUGACCUCUUUUACAAAGGUGAAAAUAGUGACAUUUUUAAAGAGAAAAGAGCAGCUGAGAAGAAAAAGCAAGAAAAGAAAAAAAGAGCAAAGGAGAAUCUAGAAAAGAAAAGGCAUAUUAAAGAAAUGCAAGAAUCAGAUGCCAAAUAAGUGUGAGAGAAAAUACCGAUUUGGUUUGUCAGGGAAAGAGGAGAGAGUUUGUUGCUACCCUUGAAACAUGUGUUAGAAGUUUUCUGGCUUAAUACUGUUAAGACUUCAUAAUAAACACUAUUAAAUUGUUGAGUUUACUGACCUGCUAUUAGUGCAAGGCUAAAGUAUUUAGCCCAAUGUUAAUAGCAGUCAUAUAUUUCAUCUACGGUGGACAUCCCGGUACACUCAGAUUCAAUAUAAUCAUCAGUUCAUUUGUGCCAAGUUUAGGACAGGUGUGAUAAGAAAACAAGAUCCAUAAAACCUUAAUUAAAUGGAUGUUACAGGAAAACUGUAUCCACUUUUGUUAAUGGAGGGAAAAACUCAAUCAGCUGAGAAUAUUCUUCUCUCACUGUGAGAGGAUUUAGACACAAUCUCUAAUGCUUUCAUGCCAUAAAGGAGGUCUUCUCCUGAAACAUAGUUGGCCUUAUCCUAUAGUCCGUACUCAGGCAACAUUUCCAUUUAAAUCAGAACCCCCUUUAUAACUUACAGUAGGCAGAUUGGAUGAGCUAUAAAAAAAAAAAAAACUCAUUUCUAGUAGGGUUGUCAAUUAAUUGCAGUUAAUACAGGCAAUUAAUACAAAACAAUUAACGUUUUUUUAAAUGAGUUACUCACACAGCUUUGUUUUGACCCUCUUACUUACUGUACUACAUUACUUGGUGGACACUGGCACAGUUCUACUGUAUUCUCAUGAUCUGGAGUGAUUAAAUAUCAGAAAAAGUUAAUGGAGCAAAGCACCAAAAGUUUAGGUCUUUUGAAUGGGAAGUUUAUUUUUAAGAAACCUCUGGAUAAAAAGACAGUUAUCUGUAGCUACUGCAAGACUGAAUUCCAGUACCAUCGAAGUACUUAAAGUCUGCAGUACCACAUACGCGCUAAACAUGCUUUUGCCUCCAGUUCUUGUGCUACAGAUAACCCACUGACAGCAAAUGAAUCCUGCCAGCCGCGACAGAGUACACUUACAGAGUUUCAGGAUUGCUACAAGCCCAUGGAUCAAUGUACAACAGUUUAACCAGUACUAUUGCAAAGUGCAUAGCUAUCGAGUGCAGACCACUCAACACUGUAAACAACAGAGGGCUAAGAGACGUUAUUCAAAUUGCAUCUUCUAAUUAGUCAUAAUCCUUGCCCUCCCAAGAGACCAUUGCCAAGUAUUUGUGAUGCCUAUAUCAUGAGAAGACUACAAAGUUGGAGCUUCUGAAAAAUGCACUAGCUGUUGCUUUGGAUGGUGAUCACUGGACGUCCUUGAGCAAUCACAGCUGUGUUGGAGACACAGCACACCUAAUUGAUGCUGCAUGGACACUGCAAUCGUUUGCUUUAACGGUAACACACAUUGAAGAGAGACAUUAUGCUGAAACAUAUGCAGAGUGUUUCUUGGAUGUUGCGAAAGAAUGGAAUAUUCAAGAAAAGGUAACAACAAUUAGUACUGACAGUGCACACAGUAUGAUUGCAGCAGCCAGUCAUUUGCCUUUUGAACACAUGGCAUGCAUCACUCACAGUCUGCAGCGAUCCAUUACAGUAGCACUCGAUGGUGGUUUAGAAAACGUGCUGGCAAAAUGUAGAAAACUUGUGGGCCAUUUCAAACACAAUCCAGCUAACAGUAUAGAGCUAGAAAUACAACAAGCUGCAAAUGGACAGAAACAAGAACCUCUUGUACAAGAUAUUUCAACCAGAUGGAACUCCACAUUGGGUAUGGUUCGGUUCAUGCUUAGAAGUAAAGCUGCUAUCACAGCCACAUUAGCUCUUCAAAAGCACAAUCUAUCAGUGCCACCAGAUAGUGAUUUUGAAAAACUGCAAAAGCUAGAAACACUACUUGAGCCUUGCAGGGUUGUGACUGAACUCCUUAGGGGGAAAUUGUAUGUCUCGUGCUCCGUGGUUUUACCCGCAUUCUGCCAUUUAUUUCAUGUUAUGGCAGUCUCUGACAACCCAGCAUAUGUUGUUCGAUUUUAAGAACACUUUCACUGCAGAUUUGACAAAAUGCAAAGAAGGUACCAAUAUAAGAUUUCUAAAGAUAGCUACAGCAUUCAAUCCUAGGUUUAAGAAUCUGAAGUGCCUUCCAAAACCCAAGAGGGAAGAGGUUUGGAACAUGCUGUCAGAAGUCUUAAAAGAGCAAUACUCCAAUGCAGAAACUAUAGAACCCGAACCACCAAAAAACAAAAUCAACCUUUUAUUGGUGCCAUCUGACUCAGAUGAUGAAAAUGAAGGUCUGUCAGUCUGCACUGCUUUGGAUUGUUAUCGAGCAGAACCAGUCAUCAGCAUGGAAGCACGUCCUCUGGAAUGGUGGUCAAAGCAUAAAGGGGCAUACAAAUGUUUAGCAUAUCUGGCACGUAAAUACCUUGCAACGCUGGCUACAACAGUGCCUUGUGAACGCCUGUUACCACUUUCAGGUGACCUUCUGAAAAGAAGCGGGCAGCAUUAUCUCUCAAAUGUAAACAAACUCCUUUUUCUUAGUAAUUGGAUGAACAAGAAGUAGGACUGAGUGGACUUGUAGGCUCUAAAGUUUUACAUAGUUUUGUUUUUGAGUGCAGGUAUGUAAAAAAAAAAAUCUACAUUUGUAAGUUGCACUUUCACGAUAGAGAUUGUAUUACAGUACUUGUAUGAGGUAAAUUGAAAAUACUAUUGUUUUUUACAGUGCAAAUAUUUGUAAUAAAAAAUAUAAAGUGAACACUGUACACUUUGUAUUCUGUGUUGUAAAUGAAAUCAGUAUAUUUGAAAUUGUAGAAAAACAUCCAAAAAUAUUUUUAAUAAAUUUAAAUUGAUACUCUAUCAUUUAACAGUGCAAUUAAAACUGAUUUUUUUUUAAAUCAUUUGACAGCCUUAGUUUUUAGACAUUACAUCUUUGUCAAUUGAAGAAAGAUGUGAAAACUAACAGACAAAGAUGUGGAGGAUACAGUAGGUUGAAAGGAACUUCGGUGAGUUCACUCAUCUGAACCAUUUUUAUGCAAAUUGUCCCUUUCCCAAAACUGUAUUAUCCUCCAACAUCCAUAGUUUGCACUGAUAAGUCUCCCUUUCUUUGGGUUUCAUUGUCCAGUUUCAGUAGUCAGUUUUACUUAGUUUACCUUGCAGAAUUUUGAUGCGACUGAAUACCAGUGUUAUGCCAUUGUCUUUACUAUAUCACAAUACACUUGAAUAGUUUCACCUCAGAAAGGGUCUUUAUUCUGUUUUUAAAAUUUCAAAUAAAGCUGGGGAAUAGGGAGCAUCUGCUCAAUUUUAUUAAAGAUGUUGAUUUAAAAUCACAAGGGAAGAGGUGAUCUUCCAUCUUAAUGGAGUGAUGAUGGGUUUUUUUACAAGGUGUCAAAUCACAUCCCUAGAACUUUACGGUAUCUUUCAUUCUUACACAUACCCCACACUUUGCUUUUUAUAAGUAGCAAUGGAGCCGGCAAGCAGCCUUACCUGCUUCCUCCAGAGACUGACUGCAUCAGGCCAGUGCUAUGGAUGGAACGUCUCCAGCAGUCUGCAGCCCUGUUCUUUAGUCUGUUCCUGGACUUGAGGCUCUUGCAUGAAGGUUAAACAUUGGCCUAUCUACUGAGUUUUUGCACUUUUAACAUAAUGUUGAUUAAAGUGACCGUACAUACAGUUUUAAUACAAAUGGUUAAUGAAAAUAAGCUUUAUUACAUCAAGUAAUAAAUACAUACAAAGAUGCAAAUAACAGUUUUAGUAACUUAUCCAGAAUUUUGUUUUUUGGCAAACUUACAAUGAAAGCUUCAGCCUUAGGGUGAAAAUUAGUUUUCUGGGACCUUGUUAUUGUUUGUUAGGUUGCUCUAUCUUCUGUAUUUAUAACUCAUGCACUUUAAAUGGACUCCAAAGCACUAACAAUCAUGCAAAUGCUUAUGCAAAAAAAAAAAAAAAGGAUUAUUUCUAAGCAGGGUCUAUGCUGUAUGGCAAACUGUGUGAG